AUGUGCAACCGUAUCUUUCCCUCGCAAGACUUCGCCAGACGGGAGGACAAGCAAGCACCAGAGGAUCUCCUCCCCACCAGAGCUGGAGCGGUGCCACCAAACAAGCCUGUCUGCCCUCAUGAUGGAUUGAACGAUCUCUCUUCUCCGGAACCCGCAGUGCCGGCACCAUUGAAUGCCGCAACACCCCCUGAUAGCAUUACCGAUCCCGAAGCCGCAGCGCCCCUUGAGAGGGACGCUUCCAAUCCUCCUGAUGGUUCCCCCGGUCCCGAAGUGGAAGCACCGCUGGAGAGGGACGCGGCCAACCCUCGUGGGAGCGCUCCAUGCCCUCUUGGCAAAGGCUGUGCUAACUCUUUACCAGAACGUUCCGUACGACCGGGCUUUGGUGCACGACGCCGCUCUGUAUACGCACCUCAGAUUGCAGGUUUACUAGCAGAGAUGACCGAAGUCGCAGACGAAGUUGAGCUAGAUUCCAGCGACGGCCAUCGUGUCAGUAACGGCGACAAUGCCACCGAUAGUGAUGGCAUCCGAUGGAGGCAUCUGGCAGACAAAUACCGUGACAUUACAUCAGUAACUGCUCCCGACGCCUUUGCUUCCUGUUGGGUACCAGCGAAUUCGACGCUGGGUCCCGGCGACGUUGAGGACGUUGCCGACGCUGAGAUGAUAGUGAUGACAUGGACAGAGUUUCUGGAUUCGAGGGAUCUCAUCGCCGAACGCCAAGUUCCCGUUCUGCUUUCUGAAGUUCCAGGCGUCCCGCCCAAUCUUACGGUCCCAAGUCUCAUCGAGCGACUGGAAUUCAUGGAGAGAGGCGCCACUAUCUGCAUCCAAGAGUUCAGUCAAUCAUUUCCCAGCGCACCCGUUGUUUCGGAAGUUGUCGCACAGUUCAGGCAAGUCAUCCAGCAAUCUCGGCUCGGUCGCGCGUAUCCGCCGAUGAACAUGCUUAGUAUCCGGGGCCAUCUGGUGCCUUAUGCUGUGCCACCACCUUUUGAGGAGAUGCGAUAUCAGGUGCUCCCAUAUAUGGCUGAGCAACUCCGUCUCGAGGCGCACUCUAAAGCUCGUGGACAUCGAGCUGAUGUUGGGAAGCAGCCAUUCGAGAUCAAAAUAGGCUCCCGCUCGAUCGACCUGCAAGAAUGCUUUUCCUUUGUCCUUUUGGCAUCACGUGGCUCUUACUCGAAUGUUCAUGUCGACGUGAUCAACGGCACGUGGGUGUCGUGCUUGUGCGGCAUCAAAGUGUGGUCAUUUGUCCCUUUCCCCACCGACGCUGAGAAAGCCGCUUUCCAAGAACAAGGAGCCCAUUGGAAACCCGAACCGGGGCGGCUCAAACAUGUUGUCUUGCUUGCGGGAGAAAUGUUGAUCAUGCCCGCCGGCUCGUUGACCAUCCAUGCACCGCUGACAUUGGAGGAUUGUCUCAUGAAGGGGGGCAUGUAUAUGGAUGCUCAUCGGAUCAUCCAGUUCAUGGAUCACCUGAUCUGGAUUGCACGCCACCCUCAUGUCACUAACGAACCCGUCCAGAGGGAAUUAGCGAAAGCCUGGCCGCACCUUGAAGAUAUCGCAAGGAGGAACCCGGAGUAUUUCGGAGAGGACUUCGACCUCGAAGCCUUUAAUAUGAAGUCACAAGAAGUCAAGAUAUAUUUGGGAUGUCGAGAGCCUUGCUUGGGGCGACGGAAUCCACGGUGCAGCGCAACUGCAUGUUCUUGCCGUUGCGUACAGAGUCACAAACCAUCAUGUCGAUGUCUGUCCUCAAACAUUCAGCAAUAUGGUGACGACGCGACGGGCGAGUGCUUGGCCUUCUGUGCACAGCCCAAAUCUCCCAAGGGGAACAAGGAAGCAAAUCCACGAAACCGGAGUUCACGCCCUAGUGACGAGGACUCGCCGCGGGUUCCAUAA